CUCUAUCUCUAUCUCUAUCUAUCGAGUAUCGACUCUCAAAGUUCUCACCUUUUGAGAUUAUUACAAAGAACACAAAAGUACAGUUUCUUUUAUUCUCUCUCUCUCUUUUGAACACUUUACAUCAUCACUCUUGAACACUUCUCAAUCUCCGGUCAACAAAAACAUGAGUUCGAUUUCUUAAAAAAAAAGAAAGUUCCAUUCUUUCCAAACUAAAUCUUAAACCCAGCUGAGAUUUGUUCUUUAAAGGGAGUCGACAAAAACAUGAGAAAGACUUCAUCAAACAGUUUCGGUGGGUUCUUAAGUCCCGGAGCUCCGAGUUACGCCGAUAACAAAGGUUGGAGCUCCGAGAGAGUUCCCCAUCCUUCCUCAACUACUUCCUCCGCUGCGAUUAGUGGUGGUCGUCGUCACAUAGGCUCAGCCUCAGCUUUAACGACACCGUUUUACAGCGGUAGAGCAAUACCGUCGAAAUGGGAAGACGCUGAGCGGUGGAUUUGCAGCCCUGUGGCGACAUACCCACAAGGUGUUUGUAAAAAUCCCUCAGUGACUUCUCAGUUUUCUGAACAGAGGCGUCAGAAAUCUAAAAGCGGUCCGAUUGCUCCGCCUACGCUGCCGCAUCCGCAUCAGCAUCCGACGUCUUCUUCUUCGGCUAUUGGGUGUUAUCACUAUUCUCCGAGGAUGAUGAUGCGUUCUAUGGAUGGUCCUCCCAAGGGUUUAAUGGUGGUUGGUUCACCCUUCUCCACUGGUGUUUUGGAGGCCGAUAGGGUUUUUAGAGGGAGUGUCGGUGGUGGUGUUUUUGAUGGCUAUGGACAUGGACCUGGACACGGACAUAGCCGGAGCUGGGUUGAUUUGAUGAGUGAAGAAACUUCAUCUCUUAGUUCCAAAACUGAUACAGAGGAGAAAGCAGAGAUGAUGACGGCUGUUCAAUCUCCGGUGGUUUCAAGAAGAGAUAUAGCUACUCAGAUGAGUCCGGAAGAGACGAGUCCUAAUAACAAUAAUCAGUCACCACCGCUGGCUGUUUCUGUGAUUGAGCCUCCUCCUUGUAGAGCUGAAGUGAGAGAAGUGAAAAUGGAUAAAGGAGCAAAGAUGAUUAAGCGUCCAAAGAGACGAGUAAUGUCUUCUAGGAUUAUUAGGAGAGAGCAACCUGAGGUUGAAGAUAACUCUGAAGCUUCUGCGUCUUCCUCUUCUUGGGAUAUCUCAGAACCAGCCAUGACUCUUUCUAAGUUGCAAAGAGAGGAAGCGAAGAUAGCCGCUUGGGAGAAUCUGCAGAAGGCGAAAGCAGAAGCCGCCAUUAGAAAACUCGAGGUCAAGCUGGAGAAGAAGAAAUCAGCAUCAAUGGAUAAGAUACUGAACAAGCUUCAAACAGCCAAGAUAAAAGCACAAGAGAUGAGGAGAAGUUCAGUAUCCAGUGAACAUGAACAACACCAACAAGGGAAUCAUCAAAUCUCCAGAAACUCAGUGAAGAUCACUCAUCUUGUCCGAAGACAUACUUUCAUGACCCCUUUCAUGACUUGCUUUGCUCCUCGUGUUGAUUGCAGAAAGUCUUCUUCUGCUCUAUAAAUUUUUUUUAUUUAAAAGGCGAUUUGAACAAAGAAAAACAAAUGUACACUGCAAAUUUUUCUUGUAAAGCUUUGUCUGUUCCAAUU